CCUAACCAAAAAACGAAUUAACUAACUUAAUCACCUUCUCCCUCCUAUAUAAACAAAUCCCUUCUCAAUGUUCAACCCAAUCCAGGGCUGAAACAUCAUUGAGGGCCAGUGCUACACAUUUCCCCUCUCUUUGGCCCUCAGGCUCUGGGUUCUUCCAUCAUAUUAGGUAAAAAAAAUAAAAAGGUAAAAAAAAUAUAUUACUACCUCAGUAAUUAAGUAGCGCAAUAAAAAGCUCUUCACCUGCGUAAUUGUAUUAAGCAAGAGUUACUCUACACUAAUUAGCUAGCCUCCGAUGGGAGAAUCCGACGACAGCAGCAAGAGGAAGAUCGCCGUCCUCGGCGUCUCCACCUUGCUCCUCGUCGCCAUGGUCGUCGCCGUCACCGUGGGCAUCAACGAGACAGGCCCGGGCACCGGCGGCGACGGCGGCAAUGAGGAACACGCUGAGGUGUCCACGUCCAACAAGGCCGUGGCCGUCCUGUGCCAGCCCUCCACCUACAAGGAGACCUGCGAGAAGAGCCUGGCCAAGCCCGCGGAGAACAUCACCGACCCCAAGAAGCUGGUCCAGAUCGGGUUCGAGGUCGCGGCGGAGUCCCUCAGGGAGUCCCUGAAGAACUCCGCCACCCUGAAGGAGAUCGCCAAGGACCCCAUGGCGAAGCGCGGCCUCGAGCUCUGCGACGAGCUGCUCGAGACCGCGAUCGACGACCUCAAGAGGUCCGUCGACGAGCUGGGCUCGUUCGACAUGGCAAAGGCCUACGUGCACCUGGACAACCUCAAGACGUGGCUCGAGGCCACCAUCACGUUCCAAGAGAACUGCAAGGACGGGUUCGAUAACACCACGGGCCCCGCGGGGGACAAGAUGAGGGAGAUCCUCAAGACGUCCGGCGAGCUCACUAGCAAUGGGCUCGCCAUGGUUAAUGGGCUGGCUAAGUUCCUGGCUACGUUUGAGUUUAGCAGCAAGGCCCGCAAGCUCUUGCAGGCCCAGGCCCAGUCCGAGUUCCCUUCGUGGGUCGACCCGGCCCAGAGGAGACUCUUGGCGGCCGACCCGGCUGGUGUCCCUGCCGAUAUGGUUGUGGCCCAAGAUGGAAGUGGGCAGUACAAGAGUAUCAUGCAGGCCAUCAGCGCCAUCCCAAAGAAGCACAAAACCCCUUUCGUCAUUAAGGUCAAGGCCGGAGUUUACAAGGAGCAUGUCUUGAUCCCCAAGUAUGCUGACGGCAUUGUGAUGAUUGGUGAUGGCCCCACCAAAACUCGUGUCACCGGUAGCAAAAACUUCGCCGCCGGCGUCCAAACCUCCGACACCGCUACCUUCGCUGUAGUAGCACCAAACUUCGUAGCCCGCAACAUGGGUUUCGAGAACACGGCCGGACCGGAAGGCCACCAGGCCGUGGCCUACCGGUCCAGGUCCGACAACUCCGUCCUCUACAACUGCGCCUUCGACGGCUACCAGGACACGCUCUACGCCCAAGCCUACCGCCAGUUCUACCGCGACUGCACCAUCACGGGAACGAUCGACUUCGUCUUCGGCACCGCCACGACCGUGCUCCAGAACUGCAAGCUCAUCGUCCGCAAGCCGCUCCCCAACCAGGCGUGCAUCGUCACCGCCGAGGGCAAGAAGGACCCCAACGGCGACUCUGCAAUCGUCCUGCAAGGGUGUCACAUCACGCACACCAACAAGGCCUACUUGGGCAGGCCCUGGAAGGAGUACUCGACCACCAUUGUUAUGAACUCGAUUCUCGAUGACUUGAUUGCCCCCGAGGGUUGGUUGCCGUGGGUGGGCGAUUUCGGGUUGAAUACUCUGUUCUAUGCCGAGUUUGAGAACAAGGGGGCCGGUUCGGCUCAGGGCGGUCGGGUGACGUGGAAGGGUAUUAGGAAGUUGACCGCGGCUCAGGUUGAGACGUUUACGCCUGCGAAGCUUUACGUGGAAGGAGAUGAUUGGAUUAGAGCCGCUAAUGUGCCUUAUGUUGCUGGGUUUAUGAAAGCGUAA